AUGACAGACACUGAAGCUGUGCCCAUCAAACUCAUAGUGCUGGGGGAUUCCGGAGUAGGAAAAUCAAGCCUAAUCAGACGCUUUGUGGAAGAUCACUUUCAACCUGAAGAACCUGCUACCAUUGGAUUCGAUUUCAAACCGUUCACUCUCAUGAUCGACGGUGAAUUAAUUCAGUUUAACAUUUGGGAUACUGCGGGUGCUGAACGCUAUAGCGGCUAUCUAACUCCUUCAUUCUAUCGAGGUGCAAAUGGUGCAUUCUAUGUGUACGACAUCACUUCAAAAAAGUCCCUCAAUUCGGUACACUACUGGAUUGAACAAACAGAACAGUUCACUCACACUUCUGUGAUGAAAAUGCUGAUAGGCAACAAAGUCGAUUUGGUUGACCGAGAUGUUUCCAAGCGUGAUGGCUCUGAAUUUGCCAGACAGAGUGGGAUGAUGUUCUUAGAAACCAGCGCCAAGACCAGCGAAAAUGUUCGUGAUGCCUUCAUCGAGCUAGCCAGAAAGAUCCUUCAAGAUCCGGAAUUCCGCGACGCUCAUCCUCAAAAGGGAUUAACUCUGGAAUCCAACGUGCCUGUUCAAACGAGUGACAGUUCCUGUGCCUGCAGAACCAUCUAUACAAAUAACUGUGUUCGUUUUUUGGAUCUCACUACUUGAUCUUUAUUUGGAGCCACUGGGGUCAGUUAAGUGGACGCAGGUGCACAACAUUGCUGUAACCUACCAGCAGAAAUGGUAUCCCUACAAAUGGUUACUUCUCUGUAUGUUGAGCCUUCUGCUUUCAAACGUUGGCUAGCGUUUUGCAAAUGUCGUAACGGUUCGGG